AUUCAUUAAUUUCAGUUUGGUAUAGAUAAAUAAUUUUUUUCUUGUUUGGUUGCCUCCCGAAGAAUCUCACAUUUUAUUAAAACCAGAUAUGAGUAUAACAGCUGAAGGUUCAAUUGAUCCAUAUAUUGGUGGAAUUAAUUAUAAAAUAAUUGCAAGCUGGGCAGUUACAAAAGAUAAAGGUAAUUUAAAACUUGGUGCAUUUAUAAAAGGUAACUCAAAAGAUUAUGGAUCAUUUUCUACUGGAGUAUUUGGUGGUCUAUAUUAUGGUGGACAUGGUAUUUUAUUGACAAGAGAUUUUAAUAAUGAUUUCAUCUCAACAACUACUGGUUCAAUUCAAAUUAAAUUAUUGGAUGAUGGAGCAAAUAAAUUAAAUGCAACAGUACAUAAAACUGUUACAAGUCUUAAUAAAACAAAUUUACAAAUGGAAGAUUAUAGUGCUUCUUUGGGUUUAAAUGAUCUACUUCAUGGUCCAGGAUUUGAAAUAAAAGCAGUAAAAACACUUACCGGCGAUUAUAAAUAUCAUUUUAGAGGAAAAUUAACUUUAUUUUCUGAUAAUGUUAAUGAUGUAAGUUUUCUUGGUGAAGUAGUUGAUUUAUUUGGUAAAAGUCGUCUGUUAGGUGGAAUUAGUGCUUCACGUAAAGUUUUAGAUAUGUAAUUGACAUGAAAUAUUUGUGAACUAUAUUUUAUAAAUCAUUUUAGUAAAAAUUAUUAGUUUGUUUUUUUAAUUAAAUAAAUGUUUAAAUGCUUGUUAAUUUUA